AUGUCGAUGAUUUCAAGCAGUUUCCGUCACGGAUGCACCAACAUCAUGGACCCAUUCUCUGUCACUAUGUAUUGGCAAGAAACAACUCUUGUCCUCGACGCACGUGUCGCUGGUUACAACAACGAAGAGGUGAGGGUGCAGUUCAGAGACAAAAGGGUUUUGUUCAUCAUCGCGGAAAGUCCAAGUUGUGGAAGCUGGUUCAUGAAGAGGAUCCAACUGCCGGAGGAUGUCAAUGUGGAGCAAACCAAGACGGUGGUUGCUGACGGCAUGCUCAAGAUAAUCAUACCCAAAGGGAAUGUGAAUCAGCCCCAGAUCAGAUUGAUCAGAAAUAACUCUGCAAUAAUAGCCAGCGUCUCAGGACGACGCCGUGGCUGCUUUUUCUGGUAG